ACAUUCUUACUCAUAAGUUUUGUAUAAAUGCAAAAUCUCCAUUCUUUGUAAUGAUAAUGAAAUCAUUAGCUCUUACAAUAUUUAUACCACUUGCUCCAAUUUUUGAAGUAAAGGUCGGCCAAACAUCCGGAUUUGAGACCAUAUGAGUCCAAACUCAUUGAGCCUAUGACAAACAAUGAAACAAAUAGUGAGCACAAACGAUUCUUCCUUUUUUAUCAUCAUAUACUAUUAUAAAAGUAACAUCAAAUCUCUUUAGUUAUAACCGCGUCAUCGUAAUUAAUUAAUCUUUCGUGCAAAACAUUUAAAAACUGGAAAAAAAAUUCUAAAAGGAUAAUUGAGAUCUAAAGGCAUCAGAAAACCGUCAGAACUAAUCUCAUCUUUACCGAUAUAUUUUUCUAUAAUUUACAUAUAAAUACAAAAUUUUCUAUUGUUUUUGUUCGAGCGAUUCAUGGAUCUUCUACGCAAAACGAGUGUUGCUACUACAAAGAGAGAAUCGUACUAGGCAGAAACUGCUGUUCAUCGAUCUCCUUUAAAAAAAAUACAUUAAUAGGCUUUAAUGGAACGCACGUUCUCGCUCUCUCUCUUACGAUUUCCAAGAAAACAUUUUAAAUUAAUCAAAGACAACAAGUAGUAGUAGGCUUCUUUCACUCGUUCUACGUCUCCUUGGCAGAGAGCAUAACAUGAGCUGUUUUCAAUUAAUAAUCUUUCUCUCUACCUUCAGUUCUUUUGUUGUUUCACGUGAAGUCAAACUCAAUAAAUCUGUUACAGCCCAUGCUCUCUCUUUCUCUCUCUCUCUCCCUCUCUGCCAUUUUCUGAACAUGAAGAAGUCAGCUCAAUAUCUUUUCCUCUGAUUCGUUUCUCAUUGCCUUAACAACAAGAACAAGAGCAAGAAGAAGCACUUCCUGCUUCUGCUUUCAACUUCAAAAACAUGGAGUUCAAAAGAGACAAUACUGUCAGAUUCUAUGGAGAAGAGAAGCAAACCCUAGAAGCAACAGAGAAGCGUCAGCCAUUACCAAUGUUCAAACCAUCAACAACUCAAUUUCUAAAACCAGAGUUAGUAAUCCCCAAAAAGACUAACAAAACCCGUCUCUUCAAACUCCCAAGAUUCGGUGGACUCAAAGUGUUCCCGGAGAACUUCGAGAUCGAGAGAGACAAGAUUCUCGAUCCUGGUGGUGACGUAGUGCUUCAAUGGAACAGAGUUUUCCUCUUCUGGUGUCUCGUUGCUCUUUACGUCGACCCUUUGUUCUUCUUCCUGUCUUCAGUCAAAAACACUGGUCGGUCCUCUUGUAUGACCACAGAUUUGAAACUCGGAAUCGUCAUCACUUUCUUCAGAACACUAGCGGAUCUCUUCUAUGUCUUGCACAUUGUCAUCAAGUUCAGAACAGCUUACGUCUCUCGCACUUCAAGAGUGUUUGGUCGUGGAGAGCUUGUGAAAGAUCCGAAGCUGAUAGCUAGAAGAUACUUGAGAUCAGAUUUCAUCGUUGAUCUCAUCGCUUGCUUGCCCCUUCCUCAGAUUGUUAGUUGGUUUAUCUUGCCAUCAAUCAGAAGCUCUCACUCGGACCAUACAACAAAUGCACUUGUCCUCAUUGUUCUAGUUCAGUACAUUCCUAGGCUUUAUCUUAUUUUCCCUCUAAGCGCUGAGAUUAUCAAAGCGACCGGAGUUGUUACAACCACCGCUUGGGCUGGUGCUGCUUAUAACCUUCUUCAGUAUAUGCUCGCUAGUCAUAUUCUUGGUGCGGCAUGGUAUCUACUGUCCAUAGAGCGGCAAGCAACGUGUUGGAAAGCAGAAUGUCAUAACGAAUUAGGUCCAAUACGAUGUGUUACUGAUUUCUUUGACUGUGGUACAGUGAACCGAGAGGAUAGGAAUAACUGGCAGAAUGUAACUGUUGUCUUCAGCAACUGUGAUCCUUCGAACAAGAUACGGUUCACUUUCGGCAUUUUCGCAGAUGCUCUCACCAAAAAUGUAGUCUCAUCUCCCUUCUUGGAGAAGUACUUGUAUUGCCUAUGGUUUGGUUUGCAGCAACUAAGUUCUUACGGACAGAAUCUUGAUACAAGUACUUCUGUCCUAGAGACAAUGUUUGCCAUCCUUGUGGCUAUCUUUGGUCUGGUUUUAUUUGCUCUUUUAAUAGGAAACAUGCAGACGUACUUGCAAUCGAUCACGGUGAGGCUAGAGGAGUGGAGACUGAAGAGAAGAGACACAGAAGAAUGGAUGGGACAUCGUCAGCUACCUCAGAACUUAAGAGAAAGAGUGAGACGUUUCGUUCAGUACAAAUGGUUAGCUACUAGAGGAGUUGAUGAAGAGACCAUUCUUCAUUCGUUACCUGCUGAUCUUCGAAGAGACAUCCAACGACAUCUCUGUCUCGACCUUGUUCGUCGUGUACCGCUAUUUGCGCAAAUGGAUGAUCAGUUACUAGAUGCCAUAUGCGAACGGUUAGUGUCAUCUCUAAGCACGCAAGGGAACUACAUUGUACGUGAAGGCGAUCCAGUGACGGAAAUGCUCUUUAUCAUCCGUGGAAAGCUCGAAAGCUCGACGACUAAUGGAGGCAGGACAGGAUUCUUCAACUCAAUCACACUCAAACCAGGAGAGUUUUGCGGAGAAGAGCUUCUCGCUUGGGCCUUACUUCCAAAAUCGAAAGUAAACCUACCUUCCUCGACAAGAACGGUGCGAGCGUUAGAAGAAGUUGAAGCCUUUGCUUUACAAGCAGAGGAUCUCAAGUUUGUGGCUAACCAGUUCAGACGUUUGCAUAGCAAGAAGCUGCAACACACAUUCCGUUACUACUCUCACCAGUGGAGAACUUGGGCUGCUUGCUUCGUGCAAGUGGCUUGGAGACGGUAUAAGAGGAGAAUGCUGGCUAAGAGUCUUAGCUUGGCUGAGUCAUACUCUUCUUAUGAAGAAGAGGAAGCUCUUGCAGCUGCUGCGGCCGAGGAGAUAAUGAGUCAACAAGAAGAGAGACAGAGCAGUACUCCGUCGCGCCAUCAUACUUCUAUUGGGAAACCGCAUUUUGCUGCAACGGUGCUUGCUUCGAGGUUUGCUAAGAACACGAGGAGGGCUUCUCGUAAGAUGAAGGACGUUGAUGUACCGAUGCUUCCUAAACCGGAAGAACCGGAUUUCUCUGUGGAUGCAGAUUAACUGUUUUUUUGAUAAAAUCUUUUAAGUUAAGAAAAAUCAGUUUGUUAAAAGAAUUUAAACUUGGCUGCUUGAAAUUAAUUAUAAAAAAUGUUCAGCAGUUUGUAUAAAUAUAGACUAUACAUCAUCAGACUUAUAUUUUUCAGAAUUCCAGAUUUUAUUUGUAUCAGUUCAGAUUUGAACCAGAGAAGAUCAUCACUAGGUCCUUAAAUCUUUUUUUUUAUCAGAAAAUUAUGGGUUCGUGAGUUAAUACAUCCCUUAAGACUAGACUUAUAUCAUAUAACUUUGGAGAAUAAAGUGUUUCCAAAAAGUUUAUAGUUUACUAAAUAAUCCAAGAGUUUUAAGCUAUGGUCACUAGAUCCUUAAUCAACUUACCCAUAGAUCAGUUUCCUUUGGUCCCCAUACAUUAAUGAGUUGAUGCCAUUAUUAAGAUUCAGACAUCUCCUGGCUCCCAAAAUAUGCUUUUAUGUUCCUUGUAAUUUAAACCGACAACUUUAUCUUCAUGUUUUGACAGACUCAAAUGAGUUCAAGUUCAGAGAAAACUAUAUUUAAAAAAAAAUAUUCUUGUUUUAGUUUUUUGAUUUGUCAGAUCAGAUAAUGUUUCUCUUUAGUUUUUUUAAAGCAAAAAAAAAAAAUUCAGAGAAUGAAAAAGGAAGAUAGAUGUAAGUCUUUGUAACAGCAAAAUGUAUAUAAGACAUUAAGAAACAUGUUCCUGACUGUUUGUUGAUACUACAUAUAUAGAUAUGGGGGUGAGUAUUAAAUGUAGCUUCAACUCUAACCUAACAAGGAUUAAUCACAAUGGAGAGAGAUGUAACCAAAUUUAAAAUCAAUAAUUAUCCUACAAACUAUGGCUCCAGCAUUAGAAAAUAGGAGAAG